UCAAAAAGACUUGGUUAAGCAGUUGAGUGAUGAUGGAUCAUUAUUCCGAUCGCCUGCUGCCACUGCAAAAAUUUUUAUGCUUACUGGGAACAAGAAGAGUUUAGCUUACUUGAAAUCUCUUGUUCGAAAUUCUUCUGAUUAUGGAGUGCGACCUCUUUAUCCAAUGGACGAGGAGCUAAUAAAGCUUUGCAUGGUUAAUCAAUUACAAAGAUUUGGAUUAGCUGAACAUUUCAAAGAUGAGAUUGAAAGAAUUUUGGAACAAAUUUACUGGAACUACAAAGAUCGAGAAUCGAAGGUAAUUGUAAUGACAAUGAACUCAACCGCGCAGUUAUACAAGGACUCGUUAGCUUUUAGAAUAUUUCGGAUGCAGGGAUACAAUGUAUCAGCAUCGAUGUUUUGUUGGUUCUUAAAUGACGAAAAAUUUCGGAACUACAUCGAAGAAAAUUGUCAAAGCUGCUCCGCUAUCACGCUUAAUGUUUAUAGGGCAACGGAUCUUAUGUUUGGCGGGGAGUAUGAAGUUGAGGACGCAAGAUCAUUUUCAAAAAAAUUACUACACAAGGCUCUACAAAUUGCCUCUUCCAAUCAGUUUAAUUUUGACAGUGCAGUCCCCAAUUUUCAUACAAUGGUUGAGUAUGAACUGAGAAGUCCAUGGAUUGCUCG